GUGCAGAGUCAUCCACCGCUUUGUCGCAAGCCGCCAGGCGGCUGGGCCACGUCCAUCUCUCGAUAAAUGCAUGUGCGUCGCUCGCAAACAGAUGUUAAAGCGAAGAAGACAACGUCUAAGACCCCUACCUCCUACCUAACUUCGCAUCCUAAUACGUACCAACCUCAUCCACACUCCGCGACCAGAAGGCAGGCCGGGCAUAAAACUGUGUCAUCUGGCACAUCAGCUCCGGUAGAUGGCAGAUGGUUCAUACCGGUUCCAACAGGGAGCCGGGCAAUUCUUCUAUCCUCAACACAACCAACAGUCACAUUUCCCUCGGCACCUCCAACAGCGAGCCUCAUCUCCCGUCAGUAACGCGGCCCGAGCAGGCUUCAACACAGACGCAACAUCGCCAUCACGAUCGCCUGGUCCGCAGUCUCCGGCGCAGAACCAAUACGGCAUGUUCAGUCAGAAUCACCAGCAGCAGAAUCAGCAUGGCAUGAUAAAUGGGGGAUCAGCCCACAAUCGCUUCAAUAUGGGAAUGGGUCUGAAGCAUUUUCAACAAGGCCAUCAAAAUCAGAACCAUCAGCAGCACCAGGAUCAUGGAAAUGGUCACGGCCCCAGUUAUGGCAAUCAUCAACAUAAUGUUUCAAGUGGAGGCCUCUCUAACGCGCCACAGCAUUUCGGAAAUAACCACCUUCAAAAUGGCACACCAGGCAGUACUCACAGUGGCCUAAGCAAGCACCAUAGUGAACACUGGCAAGAACAAUUGGCACUGUGUCAGCGCGCAAGAGAGAUGACGAUGUCGCACUCACACGCCCGAAAUCAUCCGAGUGUCAAUAAGCAAGUAAUGGCAGGAACGACCAAUGGAUUCGCAAAAGACUCAGACAGAGAUGAACGGAACCGGUCAAUAGUACAGACUGCUGAAGAGGAGGAGAAGCAAGUCUGGACUGCGUUGGAUUUUGGAGGGCAGAGUCUGAAAGUGAUUAGCAGUGCGCUGUUCGACUAUAGCUUUCUUACGAAACUCUACGUCAAUCACAACAAGCUGACGUAUAUUCCGGCCAAAAUUGGACAGUGCAGACACCUCACCAUCCUGGACUUCUCGCUAAAUGAACUUCGUUCACUUCCUCCGGAGAUGGGCAUGCUGACAAGCCUUACGCAGCUCCUGCUCUUUGACAACAAGCUGGAAUCGCUGCCUAUGGAACUAGGCUCGCUGUUUCAACUAGAGAUGCUUGGUAUCGAAGGUAACAAUCUCUUGGAUGAAAACUACUUCAACAUCAUCAUGGACGCCGGGACCAAGGAACUGAUUACUUGGUUCCGCGAGAAUGCUGAUGUUCCUGAUCCACCGUGCGAGCGUGAUUGGAUCGUGUUGGACGACACGUCGAUACCAGCUGAGGAUAAGUUUACUGUCCUGAAUUAUAACACACUGUGUGAUAAGUAUGCGACUCAGCAACAGUAUGGGUUUGCUCCGACGCGCGCCCUUGCCUGGGAACAUCGAAAGGAACUGCUUCUCGACGAGCUUCGAGCUAGGAACGCAGAUAUCAUGGGCUUGCAGGAGAUGGACGCCGAGAGUUACAACGACUAUUUCCGACCGAAUCUAGCCAGCAAUGACUACAAAGGAGUUUUCCACCAAAAAGGACGUGCGAGGACGAUGGGUGGGCAAGAUGCAAAGUCUGUUGAUGGAUGUGCGACCUUUUUCAAGAACAAAAAGUACAUCCUUCUCGACAAGGCGACGAUCAACUUUGCACAAAUUGCCAUCAACAGACCUGACAUGAAAGGCGAACACGACAUCUUCAAUCGCGUCAUGCCUCGUGACGAUGUUGCCCUUAUUGUAUUCCUGGAAAAUCGAAUGACAGGAACACGAUUGAUCGUGGCAAACUCUCACCAUUACUGGAAUCCUUUGUAUGAAGAUGUAAAAGUCGUUCAAGUAGCCAUUCUUCUUGAUGAACUCUCGAAGCUAGCCGACAAAUGGUCGAAACACCCUCCAUGCGUGGACAAGAAGGUAUUCAGCUUUGCAGAUGCAGAUGCGGACGACGAUGUAGAAGAAACGCAGGAAGUACCACAGGAGCCUGCGCCUUCGAAGAGCUACGCGGACAAGACAGAGAUUCCUAUCAUAAUGUGUGGCGAUUACAACUCUGGGCCAGAAUCGCCUGUGUAUGAGCUCGUCUCCCAAGGCAGCUUAUCUCCUUCCCAUCGCAACCUCGUCGACCACAAGUACGGAGACUUCACGAAGACUGGAAUCAGCCAUCCUUUCAGUCUGCGGUCCAGCUAUGCAAACAUCAACGAGCUCAGCUUCACAAACUAUACAGCGAGCUUUACGGGUAUUCUAGACUACAUUUGGUACUCUACCAACGCGCUGCAGGUUACUGGGUUGCUUGGAGAUGUGGACAAGGAAUAUCUGAAGCGUGUGCCUGGAUUCCCGAAUUAUCACUUUCCUAGCGAUCAUCUGGCGUUGGUUUCGGAAUUCGUUGUCAAGGGGAAAAAGAAAGCGGCUGUGGAGGCAGACUUUGGCAAUCAAGGGAGCCGGCGGUCAUGAUUUAGAUAAGUACAGCUGCUUUUGAAACAUUUGGAACCCAUCCGCAAUGUUCGCUUACCAAUGUCAUUGGCGUCGAACGGGAAAAGACAAGCCUUUGUUGGAAAUAUUACUUGGGCGCGAAUGCUCGUGGCUGCGAGUUCAUGUUGUUUUACGUAUCUGGGGCCUGGCGUUUUGAUUGUCUGCGUGCGGUCUCAUAUCUAUCUAUGUCGACUUGUCCUCGCCCAGGCCAGACACGCGGCGAGAGGUAGAAUGUGUAGGCUUGAAGGGAGUGCAUUGGGUGGAUAGGUA